AUGGAUCAGCCAUCGAGUUCUGGCUAUAGCGAUGCCUAUGCGAAUUUGGCACCGAUGAGAAUACGAUCGGAAUCGGUUCGAUCGACUGUUGCUGGAUAUUUCGAACAACAAAUGAUGCAAGGCGAUGGCAGUGGUGAUGCGGAGUUGUCUCAGGACAUAAAUGAAUCAACUGGUCCCCAAUCCGAGUACGACUUAGCAUUGGAACGUUUCAUGCGAAAUGAAAUUGAUUACGAUGAGUUUAUGAAAUUGACAGGCGGAAUGCAACUAGGCGACGAAGAAUUGGAGAAUAACGUGACUUUUGAUGAUCACGAAGAUGGCUACGACGAGGAGGUUGACGAUGAUGAGUUGUUAAUCAAGCCAGAAGCAUUAUUGUCUGCCGCAAAGAAACCUGCCCUAACUGGUCAAGAAGAAGGCAACAUCCCAGCAGAAACGAGAAAUUUGGUACGCGAGUUGAUCACGGAUGAACUGGGGACUGGCGUUGCCAAACCACCAACUCAAUCGACACCCCGUCCCAGGAAACUAAACGCUGCCUUAGAUUCUUUGCUUGGCCAAGCAAAUCUUUCCUAUGCUCGAGGACAAACACAACAUGCUUUGGACAUGUUGCUUGAGGUUAUCAAACAAGAACCUAGACACCCCGAAUCUUACCGACAAGUCAGUGAAAUCUAUCGAGAACUGAAUCAGCCACACAGAUCUUUACAUUACGGCCUACUUGCUGCACAUCUUGACUAUCACACUCCGGCCGGCGAAUGGUCUCAUCUCGGAGACUUAUCGAGUCGACUGGAGAAAUACGAGGAGUCAGCUGCAUGUUAUGGAAGAGCUAUUCGACUUGAGCCGAACAACUGGAAAGAUUACGAAAAGAGGAUCGCCACACUGGACAUGCUCGGCAUGCGGUCCUUAUCGAUGAAAACCCGUCUUCAAGCAGCUCAAAUGAUUGAUCAUUCGACAGCCAACGUCGAUUUCGAGUGGUUUUCAAAAUUAAUCAAAACGGUCGCUGAAUAUUACAUUAGCAUCAAUGACGAGGAUAAAGCCAUUCAAGCGCUUGAGGCAUAUGUUUUGAGGAGUAAACUAUUUGGACGAGAAGCUGAGUCACAACAUGAAACAUUGAUAAAAAUGUGGAUGGCAAAGGAUAAAUUCGGUGAAGCUGCCAAAUCAAUAUUAGCUUUGUGCUCUGGAAUCGAGACAAAAAACCCCGAUGGAUCAUCGGCAGUUACGGUAACUUUCAAAAACGGGACGUUUACAAUCGAGCCUUAUCCGCCUCCAGCUUCGAUAUAUUUUGAAAUUGAAGACUCGGUGUCAAUGAAUAUACUUUGUCGCUUGUGCGUCUGCUUGAUCAAAAGCAACAAUAAAAAUUUAGCACAGGAGGCCAUUCCAUUUUUAUUACGGCGAUCAUUCAACACUCGAGAAGCCGAAGAAUUAACGUUGGACAUUGCCAGAGCUUAUGCUCAAAUUACUGCUCAUCCAGCAGCAAGAAGGUUUCUCGAGCAAUUGUUAGAUUUGGGUCAGUUUGCACAUUGUGCUAAUCUAUGGUUUUUGCUUGGAAAUGCGUUGAUGCAACUGGAAGAAAAUCAAAAGGCAAUGGAAGCUUACGAAAAAGUUUUGGAGUUGAACUCUUCACAUGUGGACGCAAGAAUCAAUCUCUCGGGUUUACAACAACGAAUCGGCUUAAGUGAUCGAGCUCUUGAGACCCUACGAGAUUACGAUUUGGAUACAUGCACUUAUUUACCGGAUGAACGCUUGCUUAUUCGACAAGUUGAUGUUUUGUUCGACCAAGGACGUUACGAACAAUUUAUUCGGUGUGCUCGAAUGCUGCUAACGCCAUAUUUCUAUGAGGUUUAUGCUCGACCCGAGUUAUUCGCAAAGCGUAAAAGUGGGCCACAUAAAGGCACAGCAUUUGCAAUUUCAAACACACUUUGUUCGCAUGCAUUGACAGCACUCCGAAAUACGCCUCUUGAGAAAUUUGUGAAACGGCUUGGUUCGAUUGCAAUCGCUGAUGGACGAACUGUUGAUGGAUUAACGGCUGUACAAUUACACGAUUACUCUCUUCGCUUAAUUGAGCAAUUGGAAGUACUUGGCCGUUAUCAGGAUAUGCUUGGCGUGUGUUGCUACGCUUUUUUGCAGCCAAAAAUCCAGAAAACAUCUAGUACUGAGAACUUCAAAAGCAUCCUCUUUUACUGUGCUAUCAAAGCAGAAAACUGGUUACUUGGUUUUGAGUAUGUUCGUUGGCUGCACACAAGUGUAAUUCAAAGCGCCGGCGACUUUCCGCCAAAUCACCGAGAGGUUUUGUUUCGAAGAAUCUUCAACGCUAUGAACUACAUCUUCUGUCAUUCGCAACAAGUUUCAUAUCAUAGGUAUAUCAUGCGAUCUUUGGCAAAAUCUUCGGGAAAUCAUGCUUUACAAACAAUCAGCGGAAACAAUUCUCUUAUCACUGGAACAUAUAGACAUGCAUUAUGUGAAUAUUUCAAAGUCUGGUCGGACAACAGGAAUAAUGCCUUGAUUUGUUUCUUAAUUGGUCUAACGUUCAUUCACAUGUCCUGCAAGAAAGAUUUGAGUAGCAGACACAUGGUUGCAUUAAGAGGAUUGGCCUUUGUAAAACGUUACGAGAAAAUGCGAACCGUGCGACAAGAAGUUUAUUACAAUUUGGGACGGAUGCUCCAUCAGCUGAGCAUCACACCGUUGGCGAUUCAUUUCUACAAAUUGGCAUUAGCAGAACCGUCGCCGGUGAUUGUAACUUAUGAUGAAGACGGGAAUGAACAUUUGGAAUGUUUGGACAAGUAUGAUCUACGGCACUUCGCCGCGCACAAUCUUGUCCUUAUUUACCGAGCGAGCGGCAACGACAUACUGGCAAGAAAUAUAUAUCAAAAAUAUUGCAUUGUG